AUGGCCCCCCGCCCUGUGCCAGACAAAGACCGCGGCGCCGCCGUGUCUGGGCCGCAGGCCUCCAGCGUGACGCACGCCGCCCGGCCCUCGGAGCCGUGCUCCGCCGUGGGGGCUGAGUCACGCUGGUGGGGACCUCAGGCCCGGCCGCCCGGUCGCAUUCCGGGCGUCUCUCCGGACUUACUCACGCCGACGAGGCCCGCCAGUCAUGUUAAAAAACUGGUGCAGGAGGUGCCAACAAGAUGGAACUCUACUCUGUGUAUGUUAGAGCGAAUAGUUGAAAUUAAAGAUGCAGUGAAGACUUCACUUGUACUAUUCACAGUUGAUUUUGAACAACUGACCGACGAGGAAUGGAACAUCUGCUCAGAACUCUGCUCUGUGUUGAAGCCAUUUGCACAGGUUUCAACACAACUUAGUGCUGAGUCAUAUCCUACUGGCAGCCAAGUUAUUGUUCUAACAAGGGGAUUAUUAUCAGUGUGUGCAGAACUUUUGAAAAGGCCAUUUAACAGUGUGACAAGGACUGUCAUUGAAGAAUUAACAAAAGGGCUGAAGGACCGUUUCCACAAUGUAGAGAUGAGCAAGUCUAUAGGAGUAGCCACUCUACUAGAUCCACGCUUUAAAUCUCCUGUGUUUGAAAACCGAGUUGCAGCAGAUAAUGCAAAGAAACAGCUUAUUGAACUAGUAGCACAAAAGAUGGGUGACAGAAGACUGACAAACACAGGCCAGAGCCAUGAAACUCUGUUAACUUCAACCACCACUGAUCCCUUGUCAGUAUGGGGUGUCUAUGAUGCAAUUGUAAAAUCAACACAGCCCCAGGGCACUCCUCAGUCAGCUGCUAUUGUGGAAGUACAAAGGUACAUGGACAGCCCAGUUAUUAGUAGCAGUGAGGAUCCACUGGCAUGGUGGCGUGAAAAUCAAUAUAUUUUCCCAAAUAUUUCUAAAGUGUUGAGGGAAAAAUUCAACAUAGUGGCCACUUCUGUGCCAUGCGAAAGAAUAUUUUCUAAAACUGGUAUCAUUAUAAAAGAAAGGUGA